AAUCAAGAGAGUCUCAGCCUUUAGGUAGUUGACCCUGUGAUAAGUGCAUCCUGUGAACUACCCAAAUAAGGAGGAAAACGAAGGCAGCUGAGCCAUGGGAUGCCAUAUAAAAAUCACUUAAACCAGUCGCCACUUCUUGUUUCCCGAGUUGUCCUGUGCUGGAGGUCUGCCCAGAUGAAGGUCUCCAUGGCUUUAGAAGUCUUGAUGCUCCUUGCUGUCUUGAUUUGGACUGGUGCUGAGAACCUCCAUGUGAAAAUAAAUUGCUCUCUGGACUGGUUGAUGGUCUCAGUUAUCCCACUUGCAGAAAGCAGAAAUCUGUAUAUAUUUGCGGAUGAAUUACAUCUGGGAAUGGGCUGCCCUGCAAAUUGGAUACAUACAUAUGUAUAUGAGUUUAUAUAUCUUGUUCAUGAUUGUGGCAUCAGGACAAGGGUCAUUUCCGAGGAAACUCUUCUUUUUCAAACCGAGCUAUACUUUACCCCAAGGAAUAUAGAUCACAACCCGGAGGAAAUCCAUUUGGAGUGUUCUGCCUCUAGGAAAUCAGUGUGGCUUACACCAGUUUCUACUGAGAAUGAAAUAAAAUUGGAUCCUAGUCCUUUUAUUGCUGACUUUCAGACAACAGCAGAAGAGUUAGGCUUAUUAUCUUCUAGUCAAACUUGCUCUGAGCUAAAGGAGAAAUGGAAACUUGAAGCUGGUAUUAUGUAUUUUGCAGGAAAACAGUUUUGUUUUUUCAGAGCAAAAAUAUAGUUGGUGUAUAUCUCUCCUUAAGUCUCUGGUUUCUAAAAACCCUACUUCAGUAAAGGUCCUGAUCAGUUGAUUAGUGAAUGUGUAUUUCUAAAUAUUUGUAUUCAGUAGGGGUAUGGCUUAUUAAUUUAACAUUAUUAGGUAAUUCAUAUUAUACAUUUAAGUUUUUUUCUGUUCUGUGUAGAAGAUUCAGAAAUAUGUCUUCAAUGACAAUGACUUGAUCUAAUUGAUAUGAACCUCCAAUAAAUAUGUUCUAAUAUUUUUCAGGAAGAAUAAAGAAUAGAGAGAGACGUAUAAAUGUGCAGGAGGCAAAACUUUGAGCAUAGUGUAAAAUUUAACAUAUUAACUCUCAUGAAAGACAAAACCCUUUUAUGUGCAGAUAUUUUAAUUCAUGUAGACUUUGCUAUUAAUCAGUAAAGUUGAAUCCUAACAAUAAUGCAAUGUGACUGCCUAUUUAGAUUAUUCCAGAAGUAAAUUCUAUUUAUUUUCUAGAGCUCAAAUAACCACUCCCUUAACUGAAAUUUGAUGUUCGAUUUUCCUUUUUCCUCAGAAUGUUUCUUCCACACUCAAAAUAAUUGAUUGGUUGAGUUGGUUAAGCAAAGAGUUAUCCUGCCACCUAAGAGCAUUCAUUAAAUGAUUAUUUAUUAACACUUACUUUAUACAGCUUCCUUUCUUUAAACAGGGAGUCUAUAUGUGUAAUAUAUCCAAAAAUACUUCUAAUUUUGGUAGAUUUCUUAUAUCAAGGGUGAAAAUUGAACUGUGCCGUUGGCUAUUCAAUAGUUUAUUGAAUGUAUGUUUUGGAUGCUACAUCCUCCUGGAAGCAAAUUUUACCAAGAUAUUGGUUAUUAUUAUUUUUAGUUAAAGUGAUACUAUUCAAUUUUCAA